AUGAAGACCACUCUCGCACUCUCCGCCCUUAUCUCGAGCAUGCUCGCCGCAGCAGCUCCUACCAGCAGCUCCUUCCAGCUCGUCAUUAGCUCCAACACCGACAACCUCAAUGGCCGCGCCCUCAUCAGCCAGGGAGACGCCUUCAUCGUGGCCCCGAGCGGCGAACACGGCAUCAACUUCACCGGCGGUGAUGGCACUCUGGGCAUCGAGAACGGCGACGUUGUCUACGUUGGCACCGAUGGCCACGUUGACCUUAAGAGCACCGACGGUGUCCAGUUCGGUGGCUUGACCCAGGGCUUUACUACGGGCUCCGACAACACCCUCGAGUGGGCUCAGGGAAACUUCUAUGCCUGCCCUCACCAAUCCCUGUACGCUGCGGGCGAACCGACUUACAUGAUCUGCGCCAGCCGCUCUGGUGUCACUCUUUCCAGCACCUGUGUUCAGAUCGAUCUCCAGGAGGUCUCUGCUUAG